GAGAGAGACAGAGAGAGAGAGAGAGAGAGAGAGAGAGGCAGCUGGUGAGAAGCCAUCUCGCAAAAGGAGGAUCCCUGCGAAAGAGCGCACGGCGGAGCGACAGCACGCGGAACAGAAGCAGAGGGAGCGAGAGAGAGAGAGAGUGUGUGAGAGAGAGAGAGAGAGAGAGAGACAAAGGGAAGGAGGACAGAAAGGCAGGAGCGAGCGAAUAGGAAGAGGAGACAGCACCAGGAGACACUGCCCCGGCAUCAGAGAGCGAAAGGAAGAGGACAAGAGGGGAGGAGGAGAAAAAAAGAGAGAGCGAGAGAGAGGAAGAAAAGAGAAGCCAGGAGCACCGGGAAACAACUCACUGGCUCUGGUGGCGGCAGAGCACUCCGAAGCACCAUGGGAAAUGCACCGUCUCAAGAUCCCGAGCGUGGCGGGACGCACAUGAUCUCCACCGAUGACUUGGAGUACCCGCGCGAGUACCGCUCGCUGGGCGGCGGCGGCCGGCGCUUCUCCAACGUGGGCCUGGUGCACACGUCCGAGCACCGGCACACGGUCAUGGCCGCCCAGAGUCUGGAGGCGCUCAGCAACCUGCACAAGGUGGACAUGGAGCGCAAGCGCGACGCCUUCAUGGAGCACCUGAAGAACAAGUACCACCAGCAGCAGCAGCAGCAGCAGCAGCAGCAGCAGCAGCCGCACUCCCUGCCCCCGUCACCCUCGCCCUCACACUCCAGCAUGAGGGAGCGGCCGCAGGAGAGGAGCGCCCGCGAGCAGCAACAACCAAACUACUGGAGCUUUAAGAGUCGCAGUCCGAGGCACUCGCAGUCCACCCAGUCGGGCCUGGCUGACCAGGCCAGUAAGCUGUCGUACGCGUCGGCCGAGCACCUGGAGACCAUGUCCGAGGCCGACCUCCCGCUGGGUUUCAGCCGCUCUAGUCGCCUCCGCCAGAGCCUCCCACUCUCGCGCUCCGCCAGCCAGUCCAAACUGCGCUCGCCUGGCGUGCUGUUCCUGCAGUUUGGUGACGAGACGCGACGCGUGCACAUCACACAUGAGCUGACCAGCAUGGAGACGCUGCACGCGCUCAUCGUGCACAUGUUCCCGCAGAAGCUGACCGCCGGCAUGCUCAAGUCGCCCAACACGGCCAUCCUCAUCAAGGACGAGGCGCGCAACGUCUUCUAUGAGCUGGAGGACGUGCGUGACAUCCAGGACCGCAGCAUCAUCAAGAUCUUCCGCAAGGAGCCCAUCUACGCCUCCUACCCAGCCUCACACCUCGCCAACGGAGACCUACGGCGAGAGAUGGUGUACACCUCCCGCGAGUCCUCGCCCACGCGCCGCCUCAACACACUCCCCUCGUCCUCGUCGGCCUCCCCCCCCUCCAACUCCCCGGCUCGCUCCCGCCUCUCCUACAGUGGCACCACCGGCCGCCCGCCCUCCUUCCCCCCGCACCCCCACACCGGGGGUCACCACGGCGGCCACCCCCACGGCCACCACGGCCCCCAGUCGGCCAACGCUGCCCCGGGCCUCUCCCACUCGCCCAGCGCCAUCCUGGAGCGCCGCGACGUCAAGCCCGACGAGGAGGUGUCGGCCAAGAGCCUGGUGCUGCUCAAGAACGAGGGCCUGUACGCUGACCCCUACAGCCUGGUUCACGAGGGCCGCCUGAGCAUCGCGUCCACCCAGUCGCUGGCCGCGCUGUCGGGGCCGCUGGACCCGCUGGGCCCCACCGGCUUGUACCGCCGUGGCUCCAUGCGCUCGCUCAGCACCUACUCCGCGGCCGGCCUGCAGGGCGGCGAUAUGGAUGACCCGCUGUACCGGCCCGGUGCGGGCAUCUACACAGACACCUACGCCACGCUGGGCUUCCGGCUGCCGCCGUCCUCGCCGCAGAAGAUGGCGUCGGACGGGCCGGCGAUGAGGGACCGCGACGUGUUCUCCAGCCCACCCAGCCGCGCCUCACCCGUCCGGCAGAGCUUCCGCAAAGACUCGUCCUCGUCCGUGUUUAUGGAGAGCCCCAAGUCCAGGCCCAGCUCUAGCUCCGAGCCCCUCAGCCUGCAGAGCGCCAACUCCCCACUGGCCGGCAACGAGACCGAGACGCGGGAUCGUAUGGAGGCUAUGGAGAAGCAGAUUGCCAGUUUAACUGGUCUAGUGCAGAGUGUGUUGACCAGAGGCCCGGACAGCGACAGCACGUGCGGCCUGCUGCGUCUCUGCAUGAUGGCGGGCUGCCCUCCGGACCAAGGGGUGGAGUUUUCACGGCCCUUCCCUUUCUCUUCCAGCGAGAAGACGGAAUCAGCCAGCGACGGCUCGGCCACAGGAAAUCAGACGCCCUCUGCUCCGUUGGCGCUCAUGCCACCACCCCCGUCUGGGGGAAGCCCUGCUAGCACAGUGUCUAAGCUACAGAUGCAGCUGCACCUGCACGACCUGAAGCAGAACGCCACCGACCUGCGCAAACAGCUCAGCCACCUGCGCAAGAUGCAGCUGCAGAACCAGGACUCGAUGCGCACCCUGAUGAAGCGUACGGAGGGCGAGAUCACCAUGCGCGUGUGCGACGCGCUGCGGAAGCAGGAGGACCCCCUCCAGAGACAGCGCCUUCUAGUGGAGGAGGAGAGGCUCAAGUACCUCAACGAGGAGGAGCUCAUCAUCCAGCAGCUCCAUGACCUGGAGAAGUCUGUGGAGGAGAUCCAGAAGGACUCGACCACCAACCACAAGCAGGUGCCCAUGCAGGAGCUGGAGGAGAAGGCCGCCGUGCUGCGCAGGCUGGGGGAGACCCUGACGGAGCUGAAAAACCAGUUCCCAGGUCUGCAGAGUAAGAUGCGGGUGGUGCUACGUGUCGAGGUGGAGGCGGUGAAGUUCCUGAAGGAGGAGCCCCACAGACUGGAUGCUCUGCUCAAACGCUGCAGGACCAUCACAGACACACUCACAGCAUUGCGCAGGCAAGCCACUGAGGGUGUGUGGAAGAGCCAGGAGGAUGGCAUGGCGGAGGACUACAGGAAGAGCGCGGACUUUGACCUCCCCACCAGCCCCCCACUGAGCAUCAGCGACAACCUGUCCAACUGGAGCCCCCACUCCAGCUCCCCCCACGCCCACGCCCACGCCCACUCCCACUCCCACUCCCACAGCCAUGGACACGGCAGCCACUCGUCCCCCGGCCAGAAGGAGAGGGACCCCCUGAAGGGCCGUGAGGAGCAUGGGGGCCGCCAGGGGUCCGACAAGAGCCUCUCAAUGGAGGUCCGACUGGCUGCGGAGCGUGACUGGGAGGAGAAGCGAGCCAGCCUGACCCAGUACAGCGCUCAGGACAUCAACCGCCUGCUGGAGGAGACGCAGGCCGAGCUCAUGAAGGCCAUCCCUGACCUGGACUUCGCCGCCAAGCAGAUGAAGUCCCAGCAGUCCUUCAGCCAGACCAACCAGGCCAGCCAGAACAGCCAGAACAGCCAGCCUGCCAACGCCACCGGCAACACUAACGCUACACCCGAUCACCGACCCCCAAAACUCCAGCACUCCUCACACAAGAUCUCCAGAGAGGGAGGCUCCAGGCGCGGCUCAGAUGAACUGACAGUUGCGAGGUAUCGCAUGGAGAAGCACUCCAAGUCCCCGCCUCCACCCCCUCCCAGGCGCAGUUUCCCAUCAUCCCCUGGGCCUACCAGCCGCAGCGGAGAGCCCAUAACGUCUGAAAAGAGCCUCAAGAAGUGCGAGUCUGAGGACUCCGACAUGCCUAAACCCAUGGUGAAGCUGAGGAAGAGCCUGUCUGAAGUGCCCCGUCCGGCCUCCACCCCCCCCACCACAGGGGCCCAGAGGGAAGGGGCCGACGAUGAGAGGAACCACGCUGACAUGGAGGUGCCCCGCAUCGUGCUGACCGAGUGUCAGUCCGAGGCUCCGCCCAACGGGGCCCACCAACCAGCCCCGCAGUACACCGUAACGGUAAGAGACCGGUUCAGGCGAGGCCCCCACCGGCACAGUGUGACGGGAGCCGAAACGCUGGCGUGGAGACAGGGCCUGGUAACGGACAGCAGAGAGCCCCAGAGGAAGCUCAAAGCGGAAGGCUCCACCGAGUCACUUCCUGCUCUCGAGAGCCUCCCAGAGGGGCAGGAGGGCGCCCCAGAGGGGCAGCAGGCCCAGCCCACGGGGGCAAAGGCCCCAGGGGAGGACAUCCGCAGCAGGACCUACCGCCGGCUGGACAGCCUGGAGGAGACCAUCAGGGAGCUGGAGAACUCCCUGAUGGAGUUUGGAGCUCACCCCAGCUCCGGGCUCCUCUCCCCCCUCACACCUCCAGCCGAGGGUGCUCCCUCCGACAGCGCACAGCAGCCUGACCAGACGCCCACGGAAUCCGCAGGGUCAGGGGGGAACAAGAGGCCUCCGGUCCCGCCGAAGCCCUCCAUCAGACCUCCUUACGUCCAGGGUGGAAACAGCGCCUCCUCUGGUGGAGGUAAAGCACUGCACUCCUCCUCCUCAGCAGCCUCGCGCCUCAAGCACCUGCAGCAGAGCAACCCAGAGAAGAGCAAGCUGUCCAAGCAGCGCGAGGAGUUCCUCAAGAGCCAGGGCCAGCUACAGCAAUGAGUGACCCAGUCUGAUUUGGCCCGACCCGACCCGACCCAAACCCUCUCCACUUCUUCAUCCACCCUCCAAACCGCAUCCCAGCACUUACUACACUCCUAACACCUCUUUUCAGAUGUGCUAUGUGAGAUUCACAAGUGUGUGUGUUUGUGUGUGUGUGUGUUUGUGUUUGUGUUUGUGUGUGGGUGUGUGCUUGUGUGUAUCUUCUUUGUUUGUGCUUGUCUAUUUUUACGUUUUGUUUUCUUCACUCCGCUUUUUUUCUCAUGACCUCUUUCUCUCUGAAACCUUUUCUCCACUGUUCCUUGUCCACCCACUCCUUUAAUCGGCCCCACCAUCUCUUCUCUCCACAUCCUGCUCCUGCUGCCCUUACUCCCCACUGACCCACGCGCCACACUGACCCUUUUAGGCCCU